AUGCAAUCGCUUGCGGGGCAGAGGCGAUCUCGGGCGGAAGGGGCUUUCUCCAUGUUGCCUUUCUUCUUGGAUGCGGCCCAGACGCCUAACCACCUACCCAAACACUCGCCCGCCCACCCACCCACCCGCCGCCUGCCCGCCCACCCACUCACCCUGACCGCCGCCCGCCACCCGCCCACCCGCUCUGCCCGCCCGCCCACCCGCUCGCCCGCCGCCCACCACCGCUCGCCCACCCGCUCACCCGCCACCCACCCACCCGGCCCGCCCGCCCGCCCGCUCCCCGCCCGCCCGCCCGCCCGGCUCGCCACCGCCGCCCGCUCGCCCGCCCUGCUUUCGCUCGCCCGCUCUCGCUCGCCCGCCUGGGCAGACUACAUAGUCCCGUUCGCCUUCCAAUGCCCACCCGGCCCUCACCGCUUAAAGCCACCGCCUAGACGCAUAACGCCCACCCAGAGGCAUACCACCCACCACCCACACACCACACCCGCCCGCCCGCCCAGCAUCCCCCCCCCCGUCCGCCUUUCCAUGCCCCCCCGCCCACACCGCUUCAAGCCCCCGCCGCGCCGUCCGCCCCUCGCCGCGCCCUUCACCUCUCACGCGCCCUCUCCCCGCCCCCGAGCUUGCGGAGUUGGCGCGACUCCCGGUGCGGCCUCGGGCGCUGCCAGUCCCUCCCGGGAACGUUCGCAGGCCUCCUACUGGGCAUACACGGUUGGAGUUUGUGGCGGGGAGCGGUGGCGGCCGCUGGCGGGGGAACGCCUUGCCGCGCCGACGGCUUUUUCACGAAGGAGUGUUCUUAUCCGCGCGGUGCUCUGCUAUGCUCUCUCCGGGGCCCGGCCGGCGGCGUCGGCGUCGGCGGCGUCGGCGGCGCCGCGGCGCGCGCGGCUGCCCGGGGCCCAGUCUCCCGUCAGCAGGCGAGCGGACGAGCGCUCCGCGAAGGCUUCCAGCAGCGCCGUGCUGCGCCAGCGUGCGCCGGUGAGAGCAUGCGGCGGUGGUGAGAGCAGGAGCGAGAGCAGCAGCUGGACCCGCCCCGCCCCCCUCGCAAGCAACUCGCCCAACGCGCCGCGCGCAAGCACCGUCUCCCGGCCCCGCCCCCGCACCAUGAGGCCGCGCUGCCCCGGCCCGCCCUCGCUGCUCGUGCUGAAACAGUAA